CCGCUCCGUGUGACAAUCCCCGAUUCGCCCGGAAGGAUUCUUGUCUCGCUCAACUUUGCCCCCCGUAGCCAUCCGUCUCUCUGACCAACGCAGUUGACCUCACUUUACCACGUCUGUAUAUCGUUAUCGUCACAUUCGGCCAUGAGCACAAUGACAGAAGCCGUUGUACCUCCUGGUCCGGCUUCCGCAGCAAAGAAGAAGUUCGCAACGCCCCCGGUUAAGAUCGCCUGCCUUGCCUGUCGAGCUUCACGUACACGAUGCGAUGGAGCAAGCCCAUGUGCUAGUUGUAAAAGUCGGGGGCGCGAAUGCGUCUUCAAGCCCAGCAGAAGAGGCGGCGCUCGCGUGAGGCGAAAGCCGCGGCCGGCUGAAGAGCUGGCCCAACAGGUCCAGGCGUUCGAUGGCGAGAUGCCUCCAGACGAGGUCACUCAUCAAGAUCGUGAGUCUUUGCGGUUGGGAUCCUCGUCCGAGCAGCUCUUGACCGAUGCUACAGCCAUCUCUGUUCAAAACUACAUCGAUCCUGGUGCGGGCUUGAAGCAGCUGCAGGACUUCUUCCAAGACAGCGACUUCAUCUUCGAUACUCUGUUCAUGUCGGGCGUCCCUGGCAGCACCAGCGGUGAAAGCGCAUCGGAACACUCAUUCAGCUUCCCAACGCCUCAAAUUCCAGUUGCCAGAACGUAUAAGAGUGACCAGGCCAUCCUAGAUGCGUACUAUAUCUUCAUCCACCCCUUCUUCCCUAUUCUUCCUGCUCCCUCAGGCCUGCCCAUGGAUCAAGCAGUGCCGCACUUCCAGAAUGACACGGAAGGCUUCGCAGACGAAUAUCAGCCAUCGACGCCCAUCAGUCUGGCCAUCUCUGCAAUUCUGGCGUUGAUCCCGUAUCACAACGACACCAACCAUCUCAACAAAGAGUCAGUGGUCUUCCGGCGGAGGUAUGCGCAAUACCUAGCACAAUGCGCCAUCGAGAGCAUCGAGAUCGAAUCGGAGAUUCCGGAUUCGUCCAUUGAGCCGCCUAAAGCGCUCAACGAGUCUCCAGACGACUUCCCAAGGCAGCAAUUCCACCCUGGCGUGCCUAUCGAGCUGGAGAGUAUCAUCGCCUUGGACAUACUAAGUGUGUAUGAGUAUGCGCAACGGGGCAACCUGAAGAAGAUGCAGGCCCGGGCAGGCCAAGCCCUGGUUGCUGCCAUGUCUUUGUCUAUCCACACCUGCACCGAAGACGAUGCAUUCUCAGAAGCGAGGCGAAGGGUUUGGUGGAUGACGUAUAUUUGCGUUUGCCAAGGAUCGAUUGUCAGCAACUCAGAACCAACAUUUUCAGUGUUUACUCCUAGCUACACCGCCAAGUACCCCGUGAUACAGUCGGAUCCUGAGGCUUUUGCCGUCUACAUUCAGGCACAGCAAGCGAUCCUGUCAGCGACCCAAUUUGUCAUCGAGCUCAACAAGACUGUAAAGUCCGGCGGUGACAUGGCGCGCAUUUACGCGCGCAUGAAGGAGAUGGAGGCGUACCUCGAACCUCUUAACACCAUGGCUGACUCUUGGAUCCUUCAGUCAACGACAACAACGCCACUGGAUCCUACAGAAGAGGUUUUAUCACGCUCCCUCCGGUGCAUGGCUCGAAUCAAACUCAACAGCGCACGAAUCAAGCUUCACCGAUACUGUGCUUUCUUUGACAUGCCCGUCUUUUCCGGCAAAUACUGCGAUCUCAAGUCCAAGGCCGACAACGAUUCCAACAUGGAACCACGGAGUUGGCCGUCAUGUUCAUGUAGCUCCAUGAUGAGCUUGCCAUCACCACCAGUGGCCAUGUCAAAUGGAUCGACCUCGCCACCAGGAAAGAAGUCUCCUCACUCGGAACACUCGCCUACUAGCCAGUCGCCAGCGACGUUCCCCUUCAGCAGUCAUCAGUCGGCCAAGAUCUGUCUCAAAGCGGCCAUCAACAUUUCACAAUCCUUUGACGACCUACCGUACCCCAAUCCCUUCGGUCAGCUAUGCCCCGCCCCUUGCUAUCUGGCACCCACAUCGACCAUCGUAUGUCCGAGGACAAUGCCCUCGUUCGCUUGCUGUGCUAUGCAAUGCGCGUACGCCUUGCUUAUGGUCAAUCACAAGACCAAGGCCAUGUAUCCGGAAAACGCAAUGGCCACGCCGAUGGUGGAAAGCCUCCUGAUGCGACUGCAGACGGGGUUGGCCUCUAUCUCGGCGACAUUGGAAAAUUAUGCCACGGCGUUUGAAGCACUCGGUGGGAUGCGCGACCAAAUUCGGAGUGUCAUCGAACCCACCAUGAUGUUUGACGGUCCGGUCCAGUAAUGGCCCGAUCGGCAUUUCGCCUCCAGUUUAAUUAUCCCCAGUCUAUCUGCAGACUGCCUCGCAUCUCGCCGGGCGCCCGCAUUUUGGUUUCUAACAGCAUCUGACGACAUCCCGAUAUAGGAUCUGAACACGGCCUCUGGGUGGAGUCUCGGGAACGUCUGGGAAAAAAGGGGGGAGGGGGGGUU